AGCUGCUGCUACCUGAGGAGGUCGGACCGCGGGAGAUCACUAUGGCAACUGGAAGAAAUGUGAUGAGAGCUGUCAGAGUUUCUGAAUUUGGUGGACCUGAAGUGCUUAAGCUCCUGUCAGAUGUCUUAUUGCCGAAUCCGAAAGAAAAUCAGGUCUUAAUCAAAGUCCAUGCAUGUGGUGUAAACCCAGUGGAGACGUAUAUUCGUUCUGGUGCUCAUGCUAGAAAACCAGCUUUACCUUACACUCCUGGCACAGAUGUUGCUGGAGUAAUUGAAGCUGUUGGGGAGCAUGUAACUGUAUUCAAGAAAGGUGACAGGGUUUUUACUAAUGGUACCAUCUCUGGUGGCUAUGCAGAUUAUACAGUUGCUGCAGCUGACACAGUCUUCCCCUUGUCAGAUAAAUUAGACUUCAAGCAAGGUGCUGCCAUUGGAAUCCCAUAUUUCACUGCUUACCGUGCACUCUUCCAAAAAGGGCAUGCCAAACCAGGGGAAACUGUGCUAGUCCAUGGGGCAAGUGGAGGAGUUGGAAUAGCAGCAUGCCAGAUUGCCAGAGCUUAUGGUUUAAAGGUUUUAGGCACAGCUGGAACUGAAGAAGGAAUGAACAUAGUUUUGAGAAAUGGAGCCCACAAAAUGUUUAAUCACAGAGAAGCUGAUUACGUUGAUAAGAUUAAGGAAUUCAGUGAUGUGCGGGGAGUUGAUGUGAUAAUAGAAAUGCUAGCUAAUGUUAAUCUCGCCACUGACUUACAACUACUGUCACCUGGAGGAAGGGUGAUGAUCGUGGGGAGUAGAGGUCCAAUUGAAAUAAACCCCAGGGACACUAUGAUGAAAGAAUCCAGCAUAAUAGGGGUUAGUCUAUUUUGUGCAACUAAGAAGUUGAUGCAUGAAUGUGAAACCGCGCUUCUUGCUGGUAUAGAAGCUGGCUGGCUUAAACCUGUAGUUGGCCCUGAAUAUCCAUUGGAAAAAGUUGCUAAGGCUCAUGAACACCUCAUUAACAGCAGUGGUGCUUUGGGAAAGAUGGUACUCCUUAUAUGAUAAGUCAUGUAAUAAAGUUUCUUUCCACUUAUAUUGUGGCUGUUCUAAUUACACCCUUGCUUAUAUGGUUCAUUUAGUAUGUUUUACAAAACAUAGAGUUGAUCACAGAUAUUCUAUAGUAAUAGCAAGUCUAAAUUAGACAGGGAGGAUGCCUUAAAUGAAAAUGCUUUAUUAUGUAAUGAAAAGCAGAGAGUCAGAUUUAAGCUUCUAAGUACUCUUUCCCCUCCUUCCCCCCCGCCCCAACCCCCCCAUUUGGCUGACCUGGAAAUUGCAUCUUUUUCAUUUCUGCAUUGGUCUUGUCACUGAUAUCUGUUCUGUCCUAUCCAGGUUGGAAUAUUGUACAAUGCUGUACUUAUUGCUUCCCUUGAAUACUACAGGGAAGCUUUAGCUAGUGCAGAAUGUGGCUUUCAGCCUGUCUUUUAAAGUGGAGCGACAUAUAUGUGUAAGUAGGGCUCUGUGUGUUCUGUAGCCACAAAAUAUGUUGCUAUUCACCAUCUGCCACAGAAGUGUGCUUUAGAAUCCAAACUUUGGUUUUAAAAUCAUUAACUUUCUGGCCCUUAUGGUUGCUAAGAGCCUCCCUGAUGUGAAUUGAAUGUAAACAGGUGCAGCGUUGUGUUCCUGAAUCUGCCUCAAACAAUAUC